UAAGCAAACCUCCUCUUCUCUUCCUCCCAACACUCUCUCUUCAAAACCCAUUAUUUACAAAUCUCUGUCUCUCUGUCUCUCUCUCUCAGUUUGUUCCUUCUCGUGUUUAAUGGCAUCAAGUGUUGGGUUGUGUUCGUAAUACCCAUUUCUUAAGACACAUCAAAUGCUGUUUUUAUUUGUUUGAUAUUUUUCUUUUUGAGAUUUUGAAGUAUCCUUCAAUGGCGGAUACUUUUUACUGUACACAGAACAAUGCCAAUACUUGUUUUGAUGAUCAAUUUGAUUGUAAUGCCAUAAAUAAUAAGGUUGAGCAAUGCUCAAUUUUUCUGCCCCAUACUUUGCUGGGUUUUGCUUUACAGAGUGAAGAGAGGGUGAGAGGAAUGGUGGAAAAAGAGCUUGAGCAUUUGCCCAGCCAUGAUUAUCUUAAGAGACUGCGCAGUGGGGAUUUGGAUUUGAAGUUUAGGAGAGAAGCUCUUGAUUGGAUUUGGAAGGCUCAUGCCCAUUACAGCUUUGGACCUCUCACUCUUUGUCUAUCUUUAAACUACUUGGACCGUUUCCUCUCAGUGUAUCACUUGCCUAUGGAUAAAAGCUGGACUGUGCAGCUGCUGUCAGUUGCUUGUGUGUCUCUAGCAGCAAAGAUGGAGGAGACAGAAGUACCACUGUCCAUAGAUUUACAGGUGGAGGAGCCUAAGUUUGUGUUCGAAGCAAAAACCAUACAAAGAAUGGAGCUUCUGGUUCUAAGCAGGUUGAAAUGGAAGAUGCAUGCCAUAACUCCAUUUUCUUUCAUUGAUUAUUUCCUGAGUAAGAUGAGUGUUGGAGAGCACGUAUCGAGGGUAUCCUUGUCAAAAUCUUCACAACUCAUUCUGAGCACAAUUAAAGGCAUUGACUUCUUGGAAUUCAGGCCUUCUGAAAUUGCUUUAGCUGUGGCAAUUUCCACUUCAGGAGAAUGGCAAGCAUCCGACGUCAAUAAAGCAAUCCUUUCUUUUCCAUAUAUGGAGAAAGAGAGGGUGAUGAAGUGCAUCGAUCUGAUCAGAGAUGUAUCGUUGAUUAGUAAUGUAAAUACAUUGGUUGCUGAUAAUGUUGCUGGUUCAGUUCCUCAAAGCCCUGUUGGGGUGUUGGAUGCAGCUUGUUUGAGCCAAAAACAGAAGAACUAUUAACUUCUGGGUCAUUAUUAAUUUUACUGCAAAUGAAAAGGGAAAAAAAACCCUGAAAUUUUCCCCAACUUUGAGAUAGAUAAGAGGUAGAGUGUAAGAGAGAGAGAGAGAGAGAGAGAGAAAACAGGACAAAGCAGAAAAGUGUUGCUCCAAUUCCUAAAUUCACUUUUUUAUAAACAGAAUUUUAGUGUGCAAGAAGGAAGCAGAGGAAGAGAAGGAGAUGAAUGCUGUGGUGUGUGUGUGUGUGUUUUUUGUUGGUUUGUCUUCAUUUCCUUAGGGCUUUAAAUAACGAAGUUAUUGUAUGGCAGUGUGGUAGAGAAGGGGGAAGCAGAGCAGAACAGAGCAGAACAGAGCAGAGCAGAACAGAGCAAUGGAAUUAUAUAUGUGUUUGUUUUGGGGAUUGAGAAAGAGGGCCCCACUUGGUCAAACUCAAACUCCUCCUGUGUUCUGAAUGCUCUGUAAAACCAACUCUGUAUCUGUAUGUAUAUAAUGAUGAUUAAAAAACAAGGAAAUGUUUUGUUUUGAGAAAAACAUUGGAAAUAAUGCAAUUUCCUCCAACUGCACAGAAACAGAGAGAGAGAGAGGUUGAGUUCAGGAUUCAGCUACCAUUGCCAUUUCUGAAGGCAACCCAUGAAUUGUUUAAGGACUCUCUCAUUAAGAUACCUGUGCAUUUUCACUCACUCACUCACUCACUAAGUCUUGUGGAGCAGGCUUUGGCUCCCCCAUGGUUGUCACUGACAAGCACCCACUCAAAAACAUUGCCUCUGCAACACCCAUUAAACAACAAUAAAGCUACCUUAAACGACAGCUGAGCAUGGUCAGGUAUUAAUGUAAAAACAAGUUAUUAAUCCCUGUCUUAGCCCUUAAACCUCAGCCAGAGAGGC